AUGUUCUCGACAUUCACGGGCAACUCGAGACGCCCCCGAAAUGUCAACCUUAGCGGCAGCACUGGGAAUCCUUUCACCAAUACCUCGUGGUCACCAUCUGCUGUCUCGAACACAACAAAGACCGUUUCAAAUGCACAGGCCGAGCGUGAGAAGCGACAAAAUGAUCGGGAAAAACUAAAGGCAGCCUGCAAGAUACAGAGAAUAUGGAGAGGCUACAAAACAAGAGCCGAGCUGAAGGAGUCUCAGAGGAGCGCCUUCGAUGCUCUGUAUAAAUCAGGGCCUCUUCAGAAUCCUUCUGAGAGGCUUCCUAAAGCAUUCGGCCUGUUUCUGUCCUUCUUUAGCCUGCGACGAGAUGACGACAUACAGCGAGCUAUCUGUUAUGCACAUGAUACCGAGUCUGUCGACCUCGAAGCAAUUGCUCCUUCAAAUGUUUGUCCGUCACGGGUAGGAUGCCUUGUUCAACUGCUUUUACAGGCCUUGGAUAGGUCUUUAUCGAUAGGAGAUCUUUCUGGCGAUACCCAUCUUCUUUUUAAACUCAUUCUUCGCAUCGUUACGAGGUACCCCGAUGUGGUCGUUCCCGUAAUCGACAGUUACUAUACAGUAGUCGCCAAGCUAUGUCAAUUUCAGGAGCUCAGUGAGCAGUGGCGAGAUAUUAUGCUUCAAGCCAUUUCUAGCCCACUCGAGGCAGCAUCUCACGAAGGCAAGUCUCCCGGGAUAUCACAAGUUUACCGUGCAUACGCUUUCUCUUUCUUGGCCAAGAAUAAUCUGUAUGUCUUCGAAGAAAAUAUCGCUACGCUAUCCAGCACAGUCAGACUUUCUGAUCUUUCAGAGGCGAUAGCCACAGGACUGUCCUCUCGAUCGAGCGAGAAACAGUCUGAGGAUGCUCAACUCUGGCAGCUCGCCCACUUCAUCGAUUUGAGUCGCUUUCACGCCAACAAUAGCGGUGGCUCAGGUGUUUUAGAAACGCUUUACGCUCAAUUAUCUGGCCAUUCCUCUACCAUCAGUGCCCGGUUGUCCGCAAAGUCGACAGAUAGCGACGAGAAUAGCUCUGAUGAACUUCUGGUGCCAUCACUAGAUCCUUAUAUCACUGCUAGACUCAUGUCCCUAGUGGACAGCAAUGGCAUUUCGCAAACGUUACACGAAUUCUCAACCAACCUGGCAGGAUCCUCUUCGCAAGAGUAUCAAAGCACGAGCCUUUUGGCUGGGUAUAUCUUAACCCUGCUCCGGUGUUUCCCUGCAAACAGCGACGACAUACGCAUGCGCCUCUUCCUUGAGGAAAUUCCUACGGUCUCGGGUGAUGUCCCAACGAUAAAGUUUCUCUGGCAGAUUAUGAGCGAAACGGCGGUCUUCGUAAAGUUGAGGACUGAGUCAGAGCCACCGCUCAACAUCCUCCGCAGGUAUCUGGGUGUUACAUCAGAGACUUCGAACACCCUAGAAGAGGAACAGGACUGGCGGAUUGCUCUCUUGUUUCUUGAGCUGUACAUCUUCAUUCUUCGCUUGAGCGAUGACGAGGAUUUUUUCAGUGGUAUUGACCCACGGAUCAUGGAGCAAAACCAAUCAAUAUCCCGCAUUCGAUCUUGCAGCCUGUCUUUGGAGGACGUCAAAAUGCUGACGAGCUUUCUGAAGAAUACUGCAUUUACUCUUCACUACAGAGCCCAAGACCUCUCCAAAUCUGCUGGUAGUCUCGAGGCAGCCUCUAGAUAUCGUUUUGACACCUAUUUUGGUUCUGGACAAUCUUCAGCAAUGAUACCGGAGGAACCUUCAUCCCCCACAAAGAGUUCGACGAGGCUUGAUAUUGACAGCCUCCGAAACAUUGUUACGACAGCUAUGAAAAUGCUGUAUGAAAGAGAUUCGAGGAAGCAAUUCUUACCCACAGAUCAUUGGCUUAUGACCUCAAAACUAGACCAGUCAGACUUUGUCAGUGCCGUUAUUGCAGAGGAAAAGCGACAGAUCGAUGAAGACUCUGAUGCCAGCGACGAGGGCAGCGAAUAUGGGGAUGGCCCAGGUCUUUACUCAACCAUUGUUGGCCAACGACUGUCACGACACGCGAGACUCGAGAAACUCAAGGCUCAGCAGAUUCGAAGUCAAAGAGAGCGCAAAUUAGCAGAGAUGAAGCCCAAGCUGGAGAUUCUAAAACACAUGCCGUUUGCGGUUCCCUUCGAAACCCGUGUCCAAAUCUUUCGCCACUUUAUCCAAUUAGAUCGACUGCAACGAGGGGAAGGCAGCCAGCCUUUUUUUGCCGGUCCGUUUGCGAAGCAUCAUGCACAGAUUUCACGCAAGAGUCUCUUUGACGAUGCAUAUAAGCAAUUCUACGAGAUCGGGGACGAUCUAAAGGGCCCUAUCCAGAUCACAUUUGUUGAUCAGUUCGGUGCCGCCGAGGCUGGUAUCGAUGGAGGAGGUGUUACCAAAGAGUUCCUUAUCAGCGUAUCGACAGAAGCGUUCGGUGCUGAAGGUGGUAGAGGCAUGUUCACUUCGAACGAAAAGGGACUUCUGUACCCUGAUCCCACAGCCCUCGACGUUAUUCGGCAAGAAUUGCGCCAUGCCGGAAUGACAGAAGCCAACAGCACAUUCCGAGAUAUGAUAUCAGAUUUACUCAAGCGAUAUGAAUUUCUCGGCAGGAUCGUGGGCAAAUGCAUGUACGAGGGUAUUCUCGUCGACCUGACUUUUGCUGGCUUUUUUCUCCUCAAGUGGACGUCGACAGGGCCCAACGAUGAGAACACUUAUAAAGGAAGCGUGAACGAUCUUCGAGACAUGGAUGAGGAUCUCUACAGAGGCAUGCUGCGACUCAAGAAUUAUCCUGGGGAUGUUUCUGAACUGGGAAUCGACUUCACCAUUGAGGACCAGGUUUCGGACCCUAAAGAUCCAGUGAAGACCGUCACCAGAAAGCUUAUAGCCAAUGGCGAUCAGAUCCACGUUACGAACGACAACCGCCUCUUGUACAUUUCGUAUGUCGCUCGGCACCGUUUGGUUGUUCAGCCAGCACCACAGACCUCGGCCUUCUUGCGCGGUUUGAGGUCUAUUAUCCGCCCAUCGUGGCUAUCUAUGUUUAAUCAGUCGGAGCUGCAGCGUCUUGUCGGCGGCGACUCAUCCGAGAUCGAUAUCGAAGAUCUCCGGAAACAUACCAUUUACGGCGGCUUAUACCAAAUUGGCGAUGACGGUGAAGAGCAUGAAACAAUCAAGUUGUUCUGGAAAGUCAUGCAUAGUUUCACAGAUGAUCAACGCCGUGCCGUUCUCAAAUAUGUCAGCUCAACACCCCGGGCCCCUUUGUUGGGCUUCUCACAAUUGAAACCAUUGUUCAGCAUUCGAGAUGGGGGAACAGAUGAGGAGAGACUGCCCAGUACUAGCACAUGUGUUAACCUACUCAAGCUACCAAGAUAUACAUCAGAGGCGACGCUUCGCGAGAAGUUACUUUAUGCUAUACAGUCAGGGGCAGGUUUCGACCUAAGUUAG